AAUACCACGCAGGCCUGUUGCUUCUUUGCGUACACUACCACAUCUUAGCUCUUCUUUUUUCCCCCCAAUCCUAAUGAGUGGGCAGUAACUUCUUGCAGGAGCCAAAAUUAACCCUACCAGUGGAGCGCUUCAUUAUUAUCUCUCAAUUUUUUUCCCCUUGCCCUGCACAACAUUUUUUUUUCAAAUAAAGCAAAGUUCAGAUAAAAGUUUUUCCUUUCCUUUUCCCCUGCUCUCCUCCACUAGCACACACAAAACCAAGCUCUUGAGUGUCUUCUGAAAGUAUCUCUCCUGGCAUUAUAGAGCUGGGCAAAGGAGGCCAGCCCCUCCAGAGAAAUGGGGGAAGCUGAGGAAAAUAGUCUGAAAAAUGAUGCAGAAGGAGUGUGGAGCUCGGACAUUGAGCAGACUUUCCAGGAGGCACUGAAAAUUUAUCCACCCUGCGGGAGGCGCAAAAUCAUUCUUUCAGACGAAGGAAAGAUGUAUGGUCGUAAUGAGCUCAUUGCCCGUUUCAUCAAGUUGAAGACUGGGAAAAUACGGACAAGGAAACAGGUCUCCAGUCACAUCCAGGUGUUAGCCCGGCGAAAAACACGAGAAAGUCAAACCAAGCUCAAAGAGCAGGUGGCAAAGAAAAAAGCACUGCAGAGUAUGGCACUCAUGUCUUCUACUCAGCUUAUUUCGGCCACUGUCUUCAAGGAGAAACUAGACCUGUCGGAACACUACUAUCAAUGUAGCACCACCACUGUAAGCACUCAGUCCACAGACUUUUUCCAUUUCUGGGCUGGGGAUGUAAACCAAGGCCAAACUACUCCAGAUAUCAAGCCCAUCCUCCAGGCCCCAUAUCCCACCACACCAAUUGCAGCAUCACUUGAUGCCCCAGGUUAUUCCACCACCCCAGGGAUGGAUUCUUGUCUCCUCAGCACAAAUAUUCCUUGGCCGAGAGGUCAUAUUGGUACAGAAACACUUCGACUGGUGGAGUUUAAUGUUUUUAUGGAGUGGCAGAAUGAACGAGAUUUGUUUAAGCGGCUGCAUCGUUUUGUUUACAUUGACCUAGCACCCAUGCGUGAGUCACCCCUGGAAAUGGUGGACAUACGCCAAAUCUAUGACAAAUUUCCAGAGGAAGGAGGUGGACUGCGAGAUCUAUAUGAUCAAGGCCCUCCUGAUGCUUUCUUCUUGGUCAAAUUCUGGGCUGACCUAAGCUGUUCCCUCCCUGGAGAAGAGCCUGGAGGCAGAGGAGGGGCCUUCUAUGGGGUGAGCAGUCGAUAUGAGGGCCCACAGACUCUGACUCUCAGUUGUGCCUCCAAAGUCUGCUCGUUUGGCAAACAGGUGGUGGAAAAACUGGAGACAGCCGAGCCUCCUUACUGGGAAAAUGGCCGCUUUGUUUUCCGUCUGCAUCGUUCACCACUCUGCGAGUAUCUCAUUAAUUUUAUUCGCAAACUACAAAAACUACCAGAAAAAAUAAUGAUGGAUAGUGUGCUUGAAAAUUUCAGCGUCCUGCAGGUUUUGCGGGAUCAAGAAACUCAGGAAUUGCUACUGUGUGUGGCCUUUGUGUUUGAAGUUUCUGCAAGGGAAUGGGGAUCACAGCAUCACAUCUAUCAGCUGGGCCGAGACUGAGAUGCUCAACAAAUCAACCCCAGCCAUCUUCCUCUUAUCUCCACAUCAUACUAGAUGGCAGAACUGAUGGCUGAAAAAUUGCUGACCCCAUUCAUACCAACUUUUUACAAGUUUACUAACAGAUAUUUUUCUCUCUUUUCUCUCUUGGUUUUUCUCACAAAACCAAGCUUUAGACCUAAACCUUUAAAAGGCUUGAGCCCAAUGCUCAGUAGACCAUCUUACAGGUGGGAUGGUCCUUUGAACAGGUGUACUUCUGGGAGAAUACUCUUUUGGUCAAAUCAUCUCGGGCAUGUUGAGGACACUAGUUAAUCUCAGCUCCGUAUCCUUCUAAAUCUCCUGGGAGAACAUUGUCCCAUGUCUUUGCUUCUUGGGAUUUAACACUCCAUUGUAAGAAGAAACAGUAUUUCUUAGCACUCCUGUUUUGUAUGACAGUCAGACUUUUAUCUACAUUAUAACUUAAUUCUCACAAACUGCUUAAGAGUGAAUCCAUUCCUACACUUAUCAUGUCAGACUCUAGGGAAAGGUUUAUAUCAGGAAUGCAUAACCUGAUGGCUUUCGAUUCACAGGUUUCCCCAGAUCCUUUUAAGAGUCCACCACAAACUCUAUGGUUUAAUGUGACUCAAGCUGAAGACCAUUAUAUACAGUGGCAGUAAUGAUAUUGUUUAAUACAAGUUUUAAAUCAAAUUUGAAUUCUUGUCCUGUAUUGAAUUAAUCUCCUUUGUGGAGUACUGUCCUCGACUUAAAAUUACUCAUUUAGUGACCUUUUGAAGUUAACAAUAGCACUCAAAAGUGACUUACAACCACUCCCAACAUCACAGCACCCACAUGUUCAUGAUCAAAAUUUGGGUGGUUGGCGACCAGCAUAUAUUUAUGAGGGUUUUAGGAUUUGGGAGUCAGGUGAUGGCCAUUUGCGACCUUCCCAGCUGGUUUCCAACAAGCAAAGUCAAUGGGGAAAGACAGAUUCGCUUAACGAUUCACUUAACAGCCAUGGCAAAAAAAAAUUGCAAAAUUGGACGUCACUAUUUAACCAUCUUGCUUAGGAAAAUUCUUGACUCAGUUGUCUAAUUUUUCCUUUGCUGCCUAGGAGUUGGUACCAUUUCAAAACUAGAGAACAAUUCACACUGUAGGAAGGUAUUACCUUGCAAAACUCAGGCUUCAUUUACACAAUGAGCAUGAGAUCAUGUAGUCAGCUAUGUAUCUUUGAAGUACAGGUCGGAGGCAUUUUAAUAUUACUCAUAUGAGUAACUAAAGAUCAGCAAGAGCAUUAACCAUUGGAAACAGAAAUAGAAAUAGCCCUCUUUCUCUUGGCUUCUGCUGCCUUAAUUUUAUAUCUAAGGAGGCAUUUUAAAAAAAUAGCCGUCCCAAAUUUUGGAGAAUGAAAUUAUGUUUUUAGCUCUCGAGAAUCGGAAUUACCAACUUGUUCUAUUCCACGCAUAAUCCCACUCUUAAAUGAAACAAAAAUAUAAAAGUAAACUGAGCUUUGUUAUAUGUUCAAUCUGAAUAAGCCUUAUCUGGCUAAAUGUAUGUUCAUGAUUACCAUCUUUUUGGCAUUCACAGGUGCUUCUGUCUGUUCCUCUUUGGCAGGAAAGGGGGACGAUAUACAGGUAAUUCUCAACUUACAAUUCAUUUAAUGACUAUUUGAAGUUACAACAGAACUGAAAAAAGUGAAUUAUGACCAUUUUUCACAUGACUGUUGUAGCAUUGCCAUGGUCACGUGAUCAAAACUUGGGUGCUGGGCAAUUGGUUCAUAUUUAUGACAGUUGCAGUGUCCUGGGGUCAUGUAAUCACCUUUUGCAACAUUCUGUCAAGCAAAGUUAGUGGGAAAGCCAGAUUCAUUGAACAGAGAUCUGUUACAUCUCAGAACCCUCCUUUAUGGCUCAAAACCAGCCAAUUAACACUGACUGAUCAACUGGAAUAAGGCUCGUGGCUUAGAAUUGACCAGGAGCCAAGCAUUUUAUUCUGCUUGCUUGCUCUUGUACAAGGGAUCCUAUCAAUAGUACAUCUGUUCUUUUGGAGGAACAGCUAAAUAACUUCCCUAAAUUCCACUGAAGAUGUUACCUAGCCUGGCAACGAAACAUUUGGAAACCAACCCACAAAUCUCGGAGAACGAACCUCCACCCUUGCUACAGAUAUUCAUCACAAAUACAAAUAGUCCUCAAUUUACGACCAUAAUUGAGCCCAAAAUUUAUACUGCUAAGUGAAACAAUUACUGAGUUUUGUCCCAAUUUAUGACUUUUCUCGCCACAUUUGUUAAGUGAAUCACUGCAGUUGUUAAAUUAGUAACACGGUUGCUAAGUGAAUCUAGCUUCUCCACUGAUUUUGCUUAUCAGAAGGUCGCAGAAGAUAUCACCUGACCCGGAACGCUGCAACCAUCAUAAAUGUUUGUCAGUUGCCAAGCAUCUGAAUGUAAACCGUAUGAUCAAUGUAACAGUUGUAAGUGUGAAAAAAGUCACUUUUUCGGUACCAUUGUAACUUGAACAGUCACUAAAUGAACUGUUGUAAGAAGUCGAGAACUACUUGUAGCUAAAAGCUAUUUUACAUCCAAGUUCAAAGAAUCAAACACAACUGUUUAUGGAUCAUUUUUAUUUGUAAAAUAAAAAUUUUAAAAAGCCUAAUUCUGCCAAGAAAAAACCACAGUAAACUGAGAAAGGAGGUGAAAUUAUACAUGUACCUCAUUCCACCUGCAUCCUCUUCCUCAAAGUAUUUCCCCCUUUAUACUUCUGUUUUAAACAAUCAUGCUGAAUAUAUAAAUACCACAAAAAAAAAGCAAAAAAAAGAGAAAGAUUU